AUGGAGGUGACGUUCGGUCUCGGAGUGCUCAAAGACUUUGGAGCCCGUCAAGUGGUGUACUGUCCGGCCGCCGUUUUGCUCUCAUUGUCCGCAGUGUUCAAUGUGUCCAUUCCGGACGUCGACUUUUUGAAUAAUCAGCGCUUCAUUGCCUACGACAAAGGAGCGAAAGUUUUGAUGUUCGAUGUGAGUUUGAGCAGAAAACGUCUACUUUUUCCACAUUUUUUCGCUUCGGAGACACUUUGCAACCAUUCUCUCUGCCAAUUCGAUAUUAAUCUAAUUAGAAAGUUACCUGAUCUAAACGCGACCUAAUUAGAUUCGACUGUAUUUUUUUCAUGGCGCAAUCGAGAUUUGAGCCCGCAGACGGUUUGAGCACUUAUUAAUCUAGCUAGAAGAUUUAUUAAUCUAGCUAGAAUACUUAUUAAUCUAGCUAGAAGAUUUAUUAAUCUAGCAAGAAGAUUUAUUAAUCUAGCUAGAAGAUUUAUUAAUCUAGCUAGAAGAUUUAUUAAUCUAGCAAGAAGAUUUAUUAAUCUAGCAAGAAGAUUUAUUAAUCUAGCUAGAAGAUUUAUUAAUCUAGCUAGAAGAUUUAUUAAUCUAGCUAGAAGAUUUAUUAAUCUAACAAGAAGAUUUAUUAAUCUAGCUAGAAGAUUUAUUAAUCUAGCAAGAAGAUUUAUUAAUCUAGCUAGAAGAUUUAUUAAUCUAAUUAGGUGUCAUAUCAAUCUUAUUAGGCCGCCGUUACUUUACCAAUUUGUGAAGAACAUAAGAUUUUGUUGUCAGGAUGUCUGGAAUACGUACAGGGGACAGAUAUUGGCCAUUAACGAGAGAGUGUACAUGAACUCACCUGUCACUUUUUUCUCUGCGUCUCUCGAUUAUGCACGCGCUCUCGUUGAGGGGGACAUAAUCUGUCCCCGUAUAUUAAUUUGAAGUUGUUUCGCCGCACCCUGUACUCGAUUCGGUCUUUUCAGGAAAACCGUUCGUCGGGCUCGUUUUUUUCGGGUAACUGGACCGAAAACUUCCAUCCAAUCGGCAAUCGAUCGUUCGAAACGGACCAAAAAACCGAGACCACGUUGCCAUUUAUGGAAGUGAAGUGCGCAGAAUCGAUUUGUGAAUACGGCAUCGAUGAGUUUUAUGAGGUACGCUUUUGAAAUUAAACUAUCUGCUUGAAAAGUUAUAUUCUUCAUUUAGUCCCUCACAAUUCCGUUCGACAAUGAUUUCAAAUUCGCGGUAUUCCGACCCGUCUCAAGAAUCGCCACACUUCUGAAACCCGCCAAUUUUGCGAUGGCUUGGCAAACGCUCAAAUCAAUCGAUAAUGUCAUCAUCCAAAUGCCGAUGCUCCGAUUCAAUUCGACAAUGAACAUGCGGAAUGCGGGAGUUGAGACUAAGCAUGCGGCUCACAUUGCGGUAUGUUUUUGAGCGAUAAUAGCGGCCACUUUGAUAUCUUGACAUGAUUCGGGAUGGACAUCUCGCAACCAGACACGUUUCCUCAAAGUUUUGUUAAUUCAGUGGUCUACUCCAGAUGCGAAUUGAUUUGUAUUGGUUGCAAAACGUCCCGACCUGACAGUUCGCAACUAUUUCGCAUUUUCAGAUCGACAAUCUCGGGGUCAGCUGGAAAUAUCGUUCCUUCGACACGGAGCCAGACAUUUCGACCAUUCAAGACCCGAAAACGCCAAAAGUUGUGAUAGAUUCCCAUUUUUUCUUCGCAGUCAUGAAUGACACUUUGCCUGUGAUGUUAGGCAAGUAUAACGGUUAUCCGUAAGAAACGUUUUGUGGCCGAUGCACCAUGUAAAAGCAGAAACGUGUUUCCUAAAUUAUUUUUAUUCUAGUAACAUGUCUUUGCAACUGUUUUUCUGUCCUAAAAAUGUUCUAAAACGGCUUUGUCUCAAAACGUUUUGCUAUGUGGCCGAUGCACCAUUUGGCCUCUAGAACUUGUUUUUUUUAGAGCAAUGCACCAUUUAGAAACAUGUUUUCACAUCACAAAUCGCCUUUUUGUACUCAAACAUCGGCUUUAUCUAUUUAAAUUAAUUGAAUGUAUGUAUACUCAUUCAAAAUGUUAUCGUUAUUCAGACAGCUCAACUAUUUCAUAGGAAUCCAGAUUUGUUUUCGAAAUACAUUAUUUUCCUUCCAAUAAAUCAGAAGCACACACCCGUUCAACUUGUUUUAAUCUCGAAGCAGCCUGAUCCCGUCGGAUCCUUUAAUCAGUAGCCCGGGGAAUCCGCUUCCGGCCGUCUCGUUCAAAAUCCAAAAACUUCUGAACAUUUCUCGUGCCAACCUCUUUUCUCCCAUUCCAAACAAUUUCCCAGCACUAAAAAAGGGCACAAAUAGAACUUUUUCGCUCUUUUCUUCUCAUUCCCAUCUCCAAACAACACCAAUUCUUCUGCUAUUGUACACUAACACAAAAAAUGUCCUCGUACCUCCGUUCCUCUUCUUAUUCGCAUCGAAUGUCUUCGUUACACUACACGGCGUUGCGAAAUGAUGACGAUUCGCAUUUUUUGGAAACCGAACAAUAUCCAGAAUGUUCUUAUCCAGAAUCCGAAAUGACGACGAACAUUUCGAUGGAGAUGGCUGAGAAUGACAAUAUUUAUGCACUUCCGAAGAAGCGGAAAACCUCAAGUUUCGUGUUCUGGAACCAGGCACGCCUCUAUAUUAUGCUUUUAUCGUGAGUGGCCAAACUGUUUCCCCGUGGCCUAACUUUCCAAAUGUGUGUUUGUUUUCAGGUUAUUAUGUCUGACAUUGGCUCAAAUGAACUCGUUGACUUUCAAUUUCACCGUCAUUUGUAUGGAUGACAUUGUUUCGGAUCAUCACGCCCGCAAUUUGAGCGGUAAGAGUUUGGGAGCGGGGAAAGUUAGGCGACGGAUCAAAAGAAGAGGACUAGGCCACGAAACUAGAAAGGAAAGCUAGACGACUCAACUUUGAGCGUGUUUCAGGCGCCCACUGGAUGGAAUCGCCCUCGCAAAAGUCGGUGCUCUUCUCGGGAGCAGCCAUCGGAGCCAUGAUCGGCCUGAUCCCGUCGGUGCCGCUGAUGAGUCGGCUGGGAAUCCGCAACAUGCUCACCGCUUCCGGUCUCGUCUCCGCCGCCGGUUCCGUCUUCUUCCCGCCGGCCGUCGCCUUCCACUAUUAUGCGGUUCUCGCGUGUCGCAUCCUUCAAGGCCUCGGCAUUUCCAUCGUGUUCACCGUCGUCGGCGUGAUUCCGGGCGUCUGGGCGCCAAAUGACGAGAUGGGCACUUUUUUGGCGAUUCUCUCGUGUGCCUUCCAGUUGAGCAGUAUCAUUUCGAUGCCCGUUUCGGCUCUAUUAUGUGAAUCCGAGUUUGGCUGGACGUCCAUUUACUAUCUAUUCGGCGUGCUCACAUUUGUCGCCUACACUCUAUUCUAUGUGUUUUAUACAGACUCGCCCGACAUUCACACAAAUGUCUCGGAAAAGGAGCUGCGAAGAAUCGAAGAGGGAAAACUGAAAAUCGAUAAUGAGCGGCGGGAGAAGGAAGCGGUUCCGUACGGGGCGAUUUGCACGGACACCACCGUGCUCAUGGCGUGGCUCUCGGUUUUCGGCGCAAACUUUGCAUUCUUCAUCCUCGUCCUCUACGGUCCAACCUAUCUACGCGACAUUCUGCACUUUGACGUCAAACGCACCGGAUUCGCGAGUGCUUUGCCGUUCCUCCUUUCCGCUAUUGUCAAAUUUGGCGCCGGACAAUUGUCGGACCGCAUGCAAUUUGUGUCGCAAAAGGUUCGGAGCAGUGCAAAUAUUGUGUGUUCUCGCAACAAAAACAUCCUCUCCUCUCAGACCCGCUUCACAUUUUGCGCAAUCGUCUCUCAAGUCGGUGUGGCCGCCGGUUUCAUCGUCAUGGCAAUGGUGAGUGUUGCGAGCGAGCGUGCAACUAUUGUUGCUUUUACAAAAUUGUCAGACAACCGACCGAUUUGUCGCUCAACUCGCCUACACAUUCGCCAUAACCGCGUCGGGUUUGAAUAUUAUGGGUACGAUUAAAUGUGUCCAAUUGGUGAGCAGCUUACAUGAUUCACUUUAACACCGCCGAUUCUUGAGCGCUGCCGUCAACACGUGCAUUUUGCCAUCUCUGUCAUUUCCUUCUGUGCCUACCUCAUUCAAUUUGUCGCUCCGAUUGGUGUAGGCAUUUUGGUGGCCGAUAAUACUCGAGAAGAGGUGCAUUCAAUUGAAUCUUCCUUCCUUUCAUCAUUAUUCCUUUUUGCAGUGGUCCCAACUAUUCUUCAUCGUUUCUGUGGCCGUCGUCGUCUUCAACGCCCCCUUCCCGUUCCUAACCUCUGCCGAACCGGGACCUUUUGUGAAAUGUUCUCUGAAAAUGUAG